AUGAAUGGCGAAAGGCCUAGCUUUGCUGCCGGCCACGCACCAAGUAAAGAAUUAAGUGCAGACCCGAAGGAGAAGGCUCCUGGUGGGGAUGAUGUGGCCGGUUUACGAAGAGGGAGAAGGCGUGGCGACAAUGGUGGGAGUGGCACUGAGAAAGUGCACCCACUUGGAGGAGGCGAUUCAAGUGAGUCUCCAUCAUUUUGGAAGAGGCGUGGCGCCCCGGAUGAAACAGAGAUGACCGGCUCAUCUUUUAAGAAACUUCAAGCUAUCCAGGAGAAAGAGCAUGAAUCAUCGGCCUCCGGAUCUGGAAGUGGCUCUAGUCCCCAUUCUGAGCCUGGAGUAGGAAGAGCAGGAGGUCCUGGCUCUAGUUCUGAUUGUGGUUCGGGUUCUGGAUCUCGUAGGGGCUAUAGAUCAGGCUCAGGCUCGAGAUCAGACUUCUCAAGAUCAAGGUCAUCUGGAUCAGGAUCUGCAGUCUCAUGGGGCUCAUUUGAACAGAUCACAGACAAACGAGUAAACGAGUUCUUCGAAAAGGGUACCAAUUACCAAGACUGGAUCCAGCAUCCAAAUGACUCAGACUGCGCAGCUCCUUGUCCAGUACAACAGUCAACCUUGACAGAAGAUAUGCUUCUUAACGCUCCCAACGCGUCAGAUAGAUGGGAAGUACGGGAAAACCUCUGGAUCAGCAACUGA